UAGGAAUAGAUAAAGAUAUAUAUAUACAUAUACUUUUUAGUAUUUUUAAAUUGUUACUUUAUCAUUUCAUUAAAAAAUACGUUUUAAUUAUGAAUUGUGAUUUUUAUGAUAAAUCUAAAGAUAUAAUUCAGUGAAAAGUGUUGGAUAUAUAAAUAAAGACAUUGUUGUUGAUACAUGAAGUGCAUUCUAACCUAUAAUUUUACAAGGAUGUGUAGAUAUUUAUUAUAAAAUACGUUCGAAUAUUCAUAAAUGAUGACAAUUAUUAUAUUUUGAUGAUACAUUGAGUGAUAUAUAUAUAUAUAUUCGUAUUUACUGCCCACUCAAAAUUAUUUAUGUUUCUUUAUAUCAGGAAACCUCUAUAGGGGAGAGAUUGAAACGAUGAAGAUAAAUUAUAUUCAGUUGCCUGUAAAAAUACAUUACUUCUUCUUCAUGGGAGCCAUGGGUCCUAUACUUCCUUUCUUACCGGUAUAUGGUAAACAACUUGGUGUUUCACCUUUAGUUAUGGGUAGCGUUACCGCGGUACUUCCAAUUUUAUUUCUCAUUGCCAAACCAAUAUUUGGUUUCUUAGUGGAUUAUUUUUAUAACUGGAGGAAAUCGAUAUUUGUUGCAUUAUUAACAUUAACAAGUGGUUGUUAUAUAUGUAUAUAUUUUGUACCAGCAAUAUCGAAUGAAGUUUCAAUCAAUUACAAUGAUAUUUCAUGUUCGUCGUUAUAUGAUUGCGAGUUUUAUGAUGUAACAAUGUUGAAUUGCGUAAAGAAGAAAAAUGCAACGUGUCGGUGGAUAUGCGACAAUGAAAAUAACAAUUCGUCUUUCGUACGAAUGAAUAUAGAGGAAUCAUCGAACGCGUUUUGUUUCAUCGAUGUAACAAGAGUCAAUAAUUGUGCAAUAAAUAAUAAUAAUAAUAAUAAUAAUAAUAAUAAUAAUAAUAAUUGUACGAAAACAAGUCUGGUUUUAGAAGAUAAUUAUAAUUUGUAUAUAUCUAUGACAUUUUGGAGUUUUGUACUUUUAAUGUCGCUUGGUAACAUAGGUUUCAACAUUUCAAAUUGUAUUAGCGAUGCAAUUUGUUUCGAUGUAUUAGGAGAAGGCGGUCAAAUGGGAUAUGGCAGACAACGUGUUUGGGGUACUAUAGGUUUUGGUAUUUCUGCUUUUUUAGCCGGUUAUGCCGUAGAUCUAUGGUCUGAGGGAAAAACUAUAAAGACAUAUACGCCCGCUUUUAUACUCGUUUUUAUUUUUACCUCUGUCGACUUACUAUGUUGUACGAAAUUAAAGUUACCUAUUAUGUCAGGAUCUACAAACAUCAUGAAAGACGUUUAUAAUCUAUUGAAGUCGAAACCAAUAUUUAUAUUUUUAUGUUUUGCCACACUCGCCGGUAUUCUUGACAGCUUCAUGAUUUACUUUUUGUUUUGGUACUUAGAGGAUCUUUCAAAGGCUACAGAUUAUAUGUACAAUAUUAAAUUAAUAGAAGGACUGAUUGUAGCGGCUCAAACAUUAGGUGGCGAAGUGAUAUUCUUUUCGUUAUCUGGGAAAAUAUUGAAAAAAAUUGGAUACGGAUACAGUUUUGCAUUUUGCUUAUUGUGUUACGCUAUACGACUUACACUAAUAUCUUUGGCAUCAACACCUUGGUGGGUCGUACUUAUUGAGUUCUUUAUGCAAGGUCCAACAUAUGCACUUUGUUAUACAACUAUAGUUGCAUAUGCGAGCGCAGUAUCCCCUCCAGGAACAUCAGCCACUGUUCAAGGAAUUGUCGCUGGAAUGGAUGAUGGUUUAGGUUACGCAAUCGGUAGUUUAUUUGGUGGAAUUUUGUACAAAGAAAUGGGAGGUGUGAUUACUUUACAAAUUUUUGCUGCGAUAGCCAUGUUAUCCGCGUUAAUCUACAUAUUUUUACAUAUUACUUAUCUAAAACACAUGACGCCAGAUACUCGAAAAGAAAUUGAAUGGAAAUCACCGGAGGAUGCAAAUAUGGAAUGUAUUGUUGCUGAGAAAUAAUAGUAUCAUAACAUUUUUUUAAAAUAUAUUUACAAUAAAUAUAUAGAUAUGUGUAUAUACAUAUACUCUGACAAUAUUUGUUCGUAAUAACAAGAUUGUAACAAGGAUAUAUUAUUUUUUUAUACCUCAAGAAACGAUAAAUAUUUUUUACGAUAAUUACAAUAAACUAAAGCGAGUAUACGCAUGUACGUAAUAAAAAUAAUAAAUAAUACAUAACUAUGCAUUACAAUUAUCA